AAACGACCAUGACCGAGAAGGAAAUACCACCCAAUCCAAUCAUCUGCAGAUAACGAACCGUGAAAUAGAAAUAUUUCCAAAAUGUUUACGUUAGUCGAUUAUUGUGUCUUUGGGUGCGUAAUAACCUUAUGUCUUUUCAUCGGGAUCUACUUCGGAUUUUGGAAGAAAUCCAAAACCGCGGACGAGUACCUCUUGGGAAACCGCUCGAUGAGCGUCGCACCAAUUUCGAUAUCACUAGUGACAAGCCACAUUUCCGGAUUGACAAUUUUGGGACUUCCGUCCGACGUUUACGUUUACGGUGCGAACUCGGUGUGGAUAUGUUUGGCUAUUGUGGUCGCGAGCAUAAUUGGUUACUUUGUUUUUCUACCCACCUUGGUCAACCUGAAGAGGCCCAACGUGUACGAGUACCUUCACCUGCGAUUUGAUAGGAGAAUUCAAGUAAUCGCGUCGUGUCUUUACACCAUCCAGGUUUUGUGCUACUGUCCGGUGGUUGCGUACAUACCAGCCAUUGCGUUUUCGCAAGCAACCAUGGUUAACCCGCAUAUCAUCACGCCUAUAGUGUGCGCUGUUUGCGUAUUUUACACCACCAUUGGAGGUUUCAAAGCGGUCGUAUGGACCCACGCCAUUCAAUUUUUAGGGACGAUUACAGCUGUUACCGCCGUGUUUGUGUUGGGAAUCUUAUCAGUGGGUGGUGUAGAUGCCAUACUUGAAAAAUCGCUAAAGACCGAUCGCCUGGAUUUUAAUUUUAGUAUCGAUCCAACGAAAAGGGAUGGGUUUUGGCAAAUGGUGAUUGGAUGCAUGGCAACAUGGCUGUACAACAUUACCUUUCAACCGGGGACUGUGCAAAAGUACAUUUCGCUUUCGACAUUUAAACGUGUUAAAGUAGUCAUGUUUCUCCAAUGCUGCGGUUUGGUACUCAUACACCUCUUGUGCGUUUUCAGUGGAAUCAUCAUGUAUGCACAGUACGAAGACUGUGAUCCAUUAUCGACGGGCGAAGUAACCCGACUGGACCAAAUUGUACCCUUCUUCGUAAUGGAUGUCGGUCGAGACAUUACCGGUUUACCAGGCAUUUUCAUUGCAGGAACCUUUUGUGCUGCCCUAAGUUCACUAUCUUCUACCUUUAACACACUAUCUGCUACAGUCUACGGAGACUUCAUCACAACGUUUAUCCCCAAAAAGACCAUCGGGGAUAAAGAGACUUUGAUUUUGAAACUAAUCGUAGUAAUCUCCGGCUGUAUUUGUACAAGUUUAACCUUUUUCGUCGAUCGCGUGGGAGGCUUACUGGCGUUUGUUAACGCUUCUAUGGGCUUUGGAUGUGGGAUACAGAUAGGACUGUUUACUCUAGGUGUGAUUUUCUCAAUGUCCAACGCCAAGGGUGCGUUUUUUGGAGCCGUAGCAGCUUUCUUUGGCGUGGGCCCAGUUAUGGUACUGAAUCAAUGGUAUACCUUAAAGGGAGCAGGUGAAAGCUUCGCCAAACCAGUUUCAAUUGAAGGAUGUGAGAUUCCAGUUAACAUCACUCUACCAAAAACACUCUUCGAGCAAGAACAACCUUUUGUGUUGUUCAGAUUUUCCUUUUGGUACAAUCCAGUUAUGAGCGCUUUAGUGGUAACCCUUGUAGGACUUUUAGUGAGCUAUUUUACUAAAAAUAAAAUGCACAUCGCAAAUCCUAAUCUACAGAAGAACGAUGAAGAAAUGAAUCUUCCAGGUCUACCAUCUACUACACGUAAAUCUAUCCUGAAAGGAUAUAGUAACCACAGGAUUCAAGGAACUAAAAUGUAGAAAACGGGGCGAAGAUGAAUUAAACAAAUAUUUUAUACUUGAA